AUGAAUCAAGUACCUGCGUUUUUUGAUUUUUUAUCAUUAAAAGAUCAGCAAUAUUACAAUAGAUUGCGUGCGGAAUUAUCAAGCGAGAGCCAUAAAUACAAAAAGAACAUGCGAUGCCUUACUUUUCAAACAGAUUUAGAAUCUAUUAAGCGAUAUAUUUAUCAAAACGAUGGAAGUGAAUGGAAGCGAUGCUUAGUAUGCGGCAUUUGUUGGAUAGGAACAAGCAUCGCAAUCAAUACAAGACAAUUACGAUUACUUAUUGAUAAAUGUAAAUCAUCAAUUAAUGGCGCCCUUGCAAAGCUUGGCUAUUCAUCUGAAAUCAUCCGUGGCGAAGGUUCUCCAGAACUAAUUACUUCAAUUCCUUAUCUAAAAUGCAAUUUUGUUGAACAGCGUCAAUGGACUAUACGUAGACGCUCCGCAAUGUCUCCAUUUCCAGUAUACUUAUAUUCUCCAGGCCUUGGAUACCACCUUAUUACACCACAGCCUUCAGUUCAGCAAUCUCAUCCAGCUAAGAUGACAAAGAAGGCCGAACGCGUAGCUACAUUCGGCUUUCCAAAGAAGAUUGAACCAAAUUGCGAAGGUUGCUGUUCCUCUUCUUCAUCUUCUACUUCAGAUGCUCCAUCUUCACCAGAAGAGAAGCCGAUUGAAAAAGAUGAAUUUUUCCUUGAUCCUUGUUGCUGCUGCCCCAUUGAAUGGGAAUCAGUAUCAGUCAAUGAAGAAAUGUCAAAUUGGGGAUAA